AUGGCAGAGAUUCUUCCAGCUGUGGGAGCCGUAGCUGGAGUUCUUCGCGUGACAUAUCAACUGAUCACCCUCGCCAUCGAGAGUGGCCAAGUCAGUGAUGAAGUGCGCCGGAGCCUUGAGCUGGUCCGCACCUGCGAGCGAGACCUUCAGCACCUUGUCGGGUUGCGCGAGGAAUAUCUCGAUAUCCUGGAGCGAAAGCCCAUAGAGCUUGAUCGCGUUAACACCAUCAUCCGGGCCGCACACCAAGGGCUCGCCGAAGUAUGCAAGAUUGUAGAGAAGUGCAGGCCAGAGGCAAACCAGGGCAGGAUACCCUUCAAGCGCCGGUCGCGGUGGAUUUUCCUUGACUCUACAGAUUUCUACACACAGAUACCUGUGGUCAGUGGCCACCAUCGCGCGGUGCUGAAUGAGAUAUCCUUUCUGCGGCAGAUCGCUCUCCAGGCUCCAGUUCCAGUGCCAGACCAAGUGCAGGGCGAGAAGGUCGGAUUGUCGCGAAAGAAAUCCGUUGGUAUCGACAAUAUUGCUCUCCUUGGCAACAUCAUGGGCGGCAAAGCUGCCAGGAGAUACUCAGCCCAGGGUAAUCGAGAUAUGGUACCGGAUUCUGCUCCUAACGACAAUAAUGCGCAGUCUGGCCAGCCUUUCCACUCGUCUGCGCCACCGCCAUACAGGGCUGCUGAUAAUGUCCAAAGCUCUACUAGCCAGCGAUCUUGGACUUCAACACCAGAGACAAGUGAUACACGGUUUGACCAAGGAAGCCGCCAGGAGAUGCCAUAUGGCCAACAGAGAUACCUCAACUCUGCAGAUAUCCAGGCGACCAGGCGCACUCCGAGCACACUACAUGACACAUUUUGGCCCACUCCUCUCCGAGGAUCUUCAGGCCUUAAUUCAGAUCCUCCUUAUAAACCCAGAAUUCCAAGCAAUGCCGCAAACGAUACACCUUGA